AUGACAGUAAAGAACUGUCACUUGUUUGUUUCCUUCGUUUACAAACUGUCACCGCUCCAAUAUUUUUCGAGCUUGAGGUAUUUUUUUUUUUUCACUUGCGGAACCGAUCCUCGCAACAACCUUCCCCGAAAUCCACCAGCAAUCUGUGCAAGAAGCCCAGUGCGGAUCUGCGCUCCAACCCAGAAAUUCCGGACGCGAGACCUGCACUGCAACAGUUUCGUCGAGAACGGGCUGGAGGACAAGGAAGACGAGGACGUGUGCCGGUUCUGCUUGAAGGCUGAUGGCGGGGUGGCGUUGGUCGAGUUUUUUCCGGGCGGCAGCGGGAGCGUGGCGGAUUGUUUAGGGGUUGAGAUCAGCAGCUGGGACAUGGUGACGAAGAUUUGCGGGGAUUGUGUGGGCGGUGUUAAAGAGUUGGCUGAAUUUCGGGCGGAAUUUUCGCCGACAGCCGUGCCGGUGAUGCUGGAGGACGUGACGGAUUCGUCGGAUUCGUACAGCAUUGGCAGCGAGAAUGGGGAAGGGGGUGAGGGUUUUGAGUCGGACAGUUCGACGACGGAUAACGGGGAGAAGCGUAGGGGAAAAGCGGAAGGUCACGGCACGGUCGCUGCCGUGGAUUGGAAGUGA